CUUUGUUUAUUGUUCAACCUAUCCCAGAGUUCUUUAUGGGUUUCUAUGGGAGCAGCUCUACAGACUCUGGGCGUAGCGGAAGUUGCGAGUGAAGUCGCUUGUUGCGCGGGCUCAGCAGCGUGCAGUUUAUUUUGUAAAAAGAAAGUCGGUGGUAUCAGAUCGAGGCUAUACUUCACCCUGUUUCUUCUCCUUGGUACAGUUCUUUGCCUUGUAAUGCUCUCACCGAAUAUGCGAGUAUAUCUGGACAAAAUUCCGUUCCUCUGCACGAAACUCGCAUCUAAACAAACUUGCGACAACUUCGUUGGCUACGGAGCAGUUUACAGAGUUUCAAUCGCCAUGUCUAUGUUUUUUCUAUUAUUUUCAUUCCUCACUUACAACGUUCACUCUAGGAAAAAGUUUCGCGCAAGGAUUCACAAUGGUUUCUGGUACAUCAAACUCUCCCUGAUGGUUUUGAUAAUAGGAUUCGUAUUCUAUCUACCGAGUUCAGAACUCAUCAGCAAGAUAUGGAUGUAUAUUGGACUUACAGGUGGAUUUAUGUUCAUCCUCAUUCAAAUAAUUCUUGUCAUUGACUUUGGUCACUCGUGGAGUGUAUCUUGGGCAGAGAAAAUGGACACGCUGGACACGAAAUGUUGGUAUUUCUCGCUGGCCUUUUCAACCGCUUUAGUGUAUUCUAUUUCUGUCACGGCGGCUGUGAUGUUUUAUCUUUUCUUCACCAACCCGGACGAUAUAUCACAAUGCAAAGCAAACACUUUUUAUAUCAGUUUUAACGUGGGGCAUUGUGCGCUGGCUACAAUCAUUUCUGUGCUUCCCCGAAUACAGGAAGAAACGACGGGAGCUGGUCUCCUGCAGUCUUCAGUCAUUACAAUAUACACCAUGUAUCUUACAUGGAAUACCCUUUCGUCUCAACCAGACUCAAAAUGCAAUCCACUUGGCGCAGUCAUACUGGAAUAUGACAAGGUUUCUGGUGUGAACGGACAAGCGAUAUUUGGCGCGCUUUUGAUGUUUGCCUUAUUAACGUUUGCGUGCACUGUCCGUGCUAGCACUUCACAGCUAGGGAAACUGGGACUCUCCUUAUCUGACAACCCCGAAUACUUGCGAAAAAGCGCCGAAAUAAACACGUAGGGCCGACAACAAGAUAAAGUCUCUAACGAGGAUGUUAAAGGAGCCGAAGAACUUGAAAGCGAAGACGUUGCGUAUAGUUACUCUUUCUUUCACUUUGUUCUGUUCUUAGCAUCUUUACAUGUCAUGAUGGUGAUGACCAACUGGCACAGUCCAGAUGAAAACGUUGAUUUUAAGAAAAUGAUAAAGAAUUGGGCAGCGGUCUGGGUGCAAAUGGCAUCGAGUUAUAUUUGUUGUCUGGUGUAUAUAUGGACUUUGGUAGCGCCUUUAAUACGAAGGACGUGGGGCCAUUAUCUGGGGUUGGAUUUUGAACCCGCCAGACAACCCAGCGCAAGGAGAGCUAGCGCUGCUCGGCUUAGAGACGAUUUCAUGAAGGCCAAAGAAAUAUUGAAAACAUCUGAAGCCAUGGUUGAUAGGAAUAGAGACAAACGAGAGCUUGAUCAAAGCAGGCAAGCUAGGAAAAGGAGACUGCAACAGGCGAUGAAAAGUAAUGAAGGUGAUGAAACAGAUGUUGGUGUGAGCGAGGCAAGUAAAGCAGAGGCUAAAGCCAAAACAGAACACCAAAGUGACACUGACCCUCUUUGUUCGAGUGAUAAAAAUCGUGGCAGCAGUGUUAGUGAUAGAACUUUUGAAAAACAAAAAGAUAAACCCAAACUCAUACCAACUUCGUUGGCUGAGAGUUCACUUUCGCGCAAUGCUUCGAUGAAUGAUCGGAAAGGAUCAUGCUCCUCUGACAGAACUUCGGAAGAACAAAUAAGGGUUCCCAAUCCAUCUCUGCCAGUGCGAAUACAAAUAGACCAUCCGUUCGAGAAAAUUACGCAAGAAAGCGUUUUCAGCAACAGCGUCAAAGAGCCUGAGGUUUCCAAGGAAAUUCUCAGACUACAAGAAAGAAUUCUUAGAUUUCAGGCGAAAAUCGUUAAAAUCCAGCAUAAAAUUUUAUCAAUACAGGAAACGGGUGAGGUUACUAUUCCAAGAACAGAAAACGUUACGAAAAGAGGAUAGCAUUUUAGUGUCUGUUCGUCAUACCCAAUAUGAAUAGAUUCGAGUCAUAACUCUGUAUUGGGUGGUAAAGAAAAAGUUUUCGACUGGAAGCUGGGGUGAAAUCUAAUACCUCUAAAAGUGCUUUCCGUUCUCAAGGAAUAGUUUUGAAAAAAAAUCAGGAAACAUUUUAGAUCAAAAGCCUUUGUUCUUUCUGUUUUCCUUCAGCAGCCACUAAGAGUGAGAAUCAAAAGCAGCCUUGCAUGUAUAGCUACUUUAAACAAAGUAUGCUCGUGAUUUUUUUCUAUAUACCACUAUGUAAAUUUCAAUACAGUUCACUAGA